AAUCUUUUUUUCCAGUCGAGUUGUCACGUUUCGAUGUAAACAAGGAUGCGUGACGUCACGUCCACCACUGGGCUGGCAGUCAGGUGACCAACUGCUGACUUGACUUCCGCCUCGCGACUGUCUGGCUGCGCGGCGCUCGGCACUUCUACUCGACAAAUCAGGCGCGGUCGCAGGGCGUGGCCAUGGAGGCUUCGGACAGCGAGGACGACGCCUACACGGAGCGCACGGCGCUGGUCCAGUCGGAGAAUCCGGCCGUGCCGUCCUACCGCUCGCCUAAAACGGCCAGAGGGGAGCCGGCGGCGGGCGACGAGGAGCUGAGCCUCAAGUACGGCGCCAAGCACGUCAUCAUGCUUUUCGUCCCCGUGACGCUGUGCAUGCUGCUGGUGGUGGCCACCAUCAAGUCGCUCCACUUCUACAGCGACAAGACGGACCAGCAGCUGAUUUACACGCCGUUCACGGAGAACACGUCGUCGGUGGGCCGGCGCUUGCUCAACUCGGUCCUGAACGCCGUGGUCAUGAUCAGCGUCAUCGUGGCCAUGACGGUCCUGCUGGUCUUCCUCUACAAGUACCGCUGCUACAAGGUGAUCCACGGCUGGCUCAUCCUGUCCUCGCUCUUGCUGCUCUUCUGGUUCAGCUUCCUGUACCUCAGCGAGGUGCUGAAGACGUACAACGUGGCCAUGGACUAUCCGACGGCGGGCGUGCUGAUCUGGAACUUUGGGGCGGUGGGCAUGGCGUGCGUCCACUGGAAGGGUCCGCUGGCGCUGCAGCAGGCCUACCUGAUUGUGGUGAGCGCGCUCAUGGCGCUGGUCUUUGUCAAGUACCUGCCCGAGUGGUCGGCCUGGCUCAUCCUGGCCGCCGUCUCCGUCUACGACCUGGUGGCCGUCCUGAGUCCCAAGGGUCCGCUGAGGAUGCUGGUGGAAACGGCGCAGGAGCGCAACGAGCCCAUCUUCCCCGCCCUCAUCUACUCGUCCGCCAUGGCGUGGACGACGGGCCCCGCCGACGGCGAGCCGGGACGCGCUUCAGAUGAGGAGGCGGAGCCGAGCGGCCGGGCGGCGGCGGAGGACGACGACGACGACGAGCGGGAGGAGCGUGAGCGGCGUGAAGCUGGGCCUGGGCGACUUCAUUUUCUACAGCGUCCUGGUGGGCAAAGCGGCGGCCGGCGGGGGCGACUGGAACACCACCGUGGCGUGCUUCGUGGCCAUCUUGAUCGGUCUGUGCGUGACGCUGCUGCUGCUGGCCAUCUUCAAGAAGGCGCUGCCGGCGCUGCCCAUCUCCAUCACCUUCGGCCUCAUUUGCUACUUUGCCACCGACUCGCUGGCGCGACCGUUCAUGGACGACCUGGCCGCGCACCACUUUUACAUCUGAGGCCCCCCCCCCUCCCCCAUGGGCCCCAAUAAAAAGGAGAUGUGGCCA